AUGAAUGAAAGUUCUACAGAGAGCCAUGUUGAAGGUGUACAGGUUUUAAAGGACGAUACCACCUCAGCUGAAACGUUGACCAUAGGCUUAAGAACUUGUAAUAAAGAGCUCCGUUACAAGCCGCUCCAAGGCUCCGCCCAUAGGCUGUCGAUUAGGAAGGUCCCGCCCUCAUCCUCUGGGUACAUCAUAUAUAAAGGUCGACCUGACAUGCUAAACUACCAUAGCUUUCCUAGCGCAGCCACCAUGAAGACUAUCGUUUUUGCUUGCCUCAUCGCCGUGGCUGUUGCCGCUCCUCAGCUCCAGGAGAGGGAGGUUGUCCUUCUUCGCGAUGACCGAAUUGCCAACGAAGACGGCACCUUCUCGUACGCCCUGGAAGCCGACAACGGCAUCAAGACAGCCGUUGAAGGAGUUGUUGGAUCUGCCGGCCAGAUCAACCAGGCUGGAUCUUACACCCUUACCCUUGAGGACGGUACCCAAGCUGUUGUCAACUUCAUCGCCAACGAGAACGGCUUCCAGCCCCAGUCCAACAUCCUGCCCACUCCCCACCCUCUCCCUGCCCACGUCUAUGAGUUGUUGGAAAUUGCUGAGCGUCAGCGCGCUGAGGGCAUCGUGUUCAACUAAACGAAUAAGACAAUUUUAGCAAAUGAAAUGUGUGUACGUGAAUGAAAGUUGAUGUAAUAAAGGUUAUGAGUUAU